UACUUCUCAAAACUACCAUAUUGCCACUAAUCCGCCGUCUCCGCCUCAAAAUACAUAAAACUGGGACGCACUAAACUGACUCUGUAAACCGCCGUCUUCGCUUCAGCUUCAGCUUCAACUUCAAACUUAAAGUUCAUUUAUUUCGCUCUUUCUCUGUACAUACAAAGUCUAUACAAACAUUUAAUUCAAUUUACACAAAAAAACCAACAUAUAAUUUUUCCUGAGCUCUCUUUGGCUUUCAUUUUGGUGUAAAUAUGACAAAAGGUGACGAUGCAGUGAUGAGGAAGAAGAACAAAGUCAGGAGAAAGAAGCUCAAUAAAAAAGAAUCUUCUUCUAAAGUUUCUGCCCGUGUCGCCGCCGUGAUCGCAGCCAAAAAGCGCCGGAAGUCCGGUACACGUCGCCAGUGCCAGGGUAUGUGUUUUAGUCUUCCUACCCCAGAUGAUCCCUUCAAUGAUAGGCAUGGUAAGAUGCAAUUUCAAACAAAGGAAACCAAGAAGAAAAAGCCUUUGCAAACAGAUAAGAAGGCGUUUGUUAAGGGCAAGAGUGCUGUUUUAAAGAAAGGAACAAAUGGUGAUAACAAUGAAAAAGUAAAUUGUUUAGAACAAAUGAACAAGAAGGUUAUAAAUUUGAAGAAUGAGCAGUCAAAGUCAAUUACAUCUAUGGACAAUCUGAAGCAGAGAAGUGCUAUUAACUUAGGAAGAACAGAAAUUCAGUUGAAUGGGAAGUGUGUUGCCAAUGAAAACUCGGCUUGUCCAUCAAACUUUCUUCUAUUGUGCUUGAAUUCCAUAGAGAAUACAUUGAGUAAUGAAGGUACAUACAGUGUUCAGGAUGAAAAACCUUUGUUUGUCAACUCUUGGGGAUUUGAAUUCUGGAGAUGUUAUUCUUCUGGAAAGGAUAUAUUUGAGGCAAGUGGAUCUUCUUCUACCACACAGCAAAUUGCAUGGAUGGUUUCCGCAGCUGCUGAUAACAUUACAAGAAAUGAGAAAGAAGGUUUUUCAUUUAGCAGCCCCUUCCUUUUAUUCCUUGUACCGUCUCAAGAAAAAGCUGCUAAGGUACGCUUAGUGUGCAAGCCUUUGAAAGCUCUCGGAAUUCAUACAGUGAGUCUGCAUCCGAGUGCUGCCAUAGAUCAUCAGAUUAAUGGUUUGAAGAGUUGUGAACCUGAGUUUAUUGUUUCUACUCCUGAGAGACUUCUUGAGCUUGUUUCCUUGAAGGCCAUAGAUAUUUCUGGUGUCUCUAUGCUGGUUGUUGAUGGACUGCAAUCUCUUGAUAAUGGUGGUUCUCUUGGCACUGUGAAUUUCAUUAGGCAGUCUAUUUCUGGAAAACCCCACACUGUGGUUUUCAGUGAUUGCCUUAAUUAUGCCUCUGUUCCCGCUGUGCAAAAUCUUCUGCCUGGAUCAGUUUGUAGAUUAUCUCUUAUUGAUUCUAUCUCCAGCCAAAGCUCUUGUAUCAUCCAAUCCAUUAGUGUGUUUGCCUCAGAGGAAGAAAAAUUAUCGAAGGGCAUCCAAGUCUUAGAUCAUGCAUAUGCCAACCAUCUCUCUUCUCAGUCAUUAAAGGUGCUGUAUGUUGUUGGGAACAACAGCAAGUUUCAAAAGUUAGUUUUCUCCCUUAACUUAAAGGGAUACUCCAUCUCAACCAGUUCCAAUUAUAUCGAUUCAAAGGCAAAUAACAGUUUGGAUGCUGACAACAGAAUCAGGCCUGUUAUUUCAAUAAUUGAUGAGGAACAAAUUAGCUCGGCUGAGUUAUCGGAAUAUGAAUUUGUCAUAAUCCCAGAUUUUGUUACUUCGAUUGCGAAUUAUGUCCGAAUUCUGACAAGCAUGGCCCGCUACACUGUCAGGGGCGUUUUGCAUAGCUUCCUUACUAAAGAUGAUGCACCGCAUGUGGGAGAAUUGAUUGAGAUCUUGGAAAAAUGUGGGCAGGCUGUGCCUGAAGCUCUAAGAGACUUACACCUUACAUCACCCAUGGUGGAAUCAUGAUAUUUAUGCUGCUCUAUCUUUACCAGUAAUUGCAGAAAGGGUAAUUUUACUGUGUAGUAUCAUCAUGAUGAUUUGCAUGAGAAUUUCAGGUAAAAGAAGGAAUUAGAAGCAGAAUUUGGAGCAGCGGGAUUGAUUGAUAGAGAAAAUAUCUGGUAACAGAAAAUUGAAAUUUAUGUUUUGGGGACAUUUGACAUUCAUAUUUUUGUAAUUCAAUUUUGUUAACAUGAUAUUCAAUCAAUUUUAUUUUUGAUUUUAUGAAA